AUGAGUACCAUGCGCGCGAUCUCUAUCAAGGGCGGCAAAGGCCCCGCCACGUCCUUGUUCAUGGACUCAAUCGCCAAGCCGGUACCGGUUAAUGGCCAGGCUAUCGUUAAGAUCAAGGCUUUUGGAUUGAACCGGAUGGAUCUGCUGCAGCGUGAGGGACAGUACCCGCUUCCGCCGCAGGCACCCGAGACUAUGGGGGUUGAGUUCUCUGGCAUUAUUGAGGAAUUUGGCGGAAAAGCGCAUGAGGAUUUCAAGGUUGGGGACGAGGUUUUUGGCCUGGCUUAUGGUGGUGCGUACGCGGAGUACAUUGCCGUCUCGACCAAGAUGUUGGUUCACAAACCGAAGCAGCUGUCGUGGGAGGAAGCUGCAGGUGUGCCGGAGACCUGGAUCACCGCGUCGCAAGCGCUUUUCCUCAUCGGUGACUUCCAAGAAGGUCAGUCGGUGCUGUGGCACGCGGGUGCUUCUUCCGUCUCCAUCUCGGGCAUCCAGCUCGCCAAAGCGGCCGGUGCCAAGGCCAUCUAUGCAACGGUCGGCUCGCAGGAGAAGAUCGACUUCCUAGAGAAAGAGCUUGGCGUCACCAAGGCCUUUAACUAUAAGACGCAGGACUGGGCGGCCGAGCUCCAGAAGGAAGCUGGCGCGGCCGGGGUCAACCUCACCGUCGAUUUUAUCGGCGCGCCGUAUUUCCAGGGAGACCUGGACGUGGCGGCCAAGGAUGGGCGCGUGGUUUUACCAGGACUGAUGGGUGGAGGGAAAUUGCCAGAUGGCGUGAAUAUUGCGCCGCUUUUGUUCAAGCGGGUCCGGGUCGAGGGCAGUACCCUGCGCAGCCGGGAUGAGGACUAUCAGGCCCGGCUGCGCGACACACUGGUUGACCACGCGCUGCCCAAAUUCUGUGAUGGUACAUUCCGCGUGUUUGUGGAAAAGGUUUUCCCAUUUGAUCAGAUCAUGGCGGCGCACCAAUUGCUGGAGACCAACACGACCAAGGGGAAGAUCAUCUGUGUGAUUGAGUAA